AUGGGGCCAAUGUUUGGAGACUGGCCUUCUUUUGAUCCUACGAACUUCAGCCAAGUUCGACCAUCUGAUCCUUCAAGUCCCUCGAGAAUGACGCCUGUCACAUACUGUCCUACUCAUGAUAGGUGCCUCCCACCACCUAACCAAGCUGAGAUCCAAGAGGCCUGCAUCAGAAAAUUUAACCAGUCAAGGAUUAAAGCAACCGAGAAUUUCAACUGCAGAAUCUCCCUUUUGACACUGUCAAAAGCUGCUCAUAAUUCUCGGACUUCAGAUUCUCUCUCUCAAAAGAGUCAAAAUCAAACAUCCAAAACCAACCAGAAAUUAACCGCCGCUUGUUGCCCACAGCUCCGCCGAGAGCUGACCAUUGACCACCACACUCACACUCUGAAAGAGAGAGGUUAA